CUCAAAGGAGGAGAGAAGCGACAGAUAGACGACCCACCGACAACAUUUGAACAUUAUUUAACCUAACCUCUCGGUGUCUGUAUGGACCUUUGAAUUUCCACUAUGGCACAGCUACUUGUGCGCGCAGGUUACGAAGAAAACGUUUUAACGGAGAGGGAGCGGAAGUGAGAGAAGAGGGAAGUUGUUGGGGGUUCAAAGAACAUUUAAGCCUAUAAAAAGUUGUUUUGUUCGGUCAAGUUCAAGUUGAAUUUUAAGCUUCUUAGGUGGUCUUCAUUGUUUUGGGGGAUAUGGACACCCACGUUAAGGAGGGACAACUUUAUGUGCAACACCAAAAGUUUGGAAAGAAAUGGAAGAAGAACUGGUUCGUCCUGUACCCCGCCAGCCAAAAUGGCAUCGCGCGGCUGGAGUUUUUCGACUCGCCUUCCGGAGGAGGAGGGUCUGGCGGAGGCUCCGGGGGAGGAUCCAAUGAGAAAACCAGGAAGCUGGACAAAAAGAUCAUCCGCUUGUCGGAGUGCAUCUCCAUUCUCCCCUCUCUGACAGAAAGCUGCCCCAAAGAAAACAUGGCAGCGUUUUGCGUGGAAACAAAUGACAAGACGCAUGUUUUUGCAGCAGAGAAGAACGCUGCCAAGGACUGGAUGGACACCAUGUGUGACAUCGCAUUUCAGGGAGGAAGUGGGUGCAGCAGCAGUGUUGCAGACUCUAACGGAGGACCCCAGGACCUGCAGAUGUCUGAAAACCUAAUUUACUAUUCCAGGGAGGAGGUAAAUGAGUUCUGGGUAACCAUUCAGAGUACCGAAGCGUCUGAACGAUGUGGGCUCGCCGGCAACUACUGGCUGAAAGCUGAAAGCGAAAUCUUGAUCUUAAAGGACCCAAAGACAAAGAGAAAGGUCCUGGUGUGGCCCUACAAGCUGCUAAGAAGAUACGGGAGGGACCGGGUGAUGUUUUCGUUUGAAGCCGGCCGUCGUUGUGACUCAGGACCUGGAACCUUCACCUUUGACACUAAAAAAGGCAAUGAGAUCUUUACGCUGGUGGACCAGGCCAUUCAGUCGCAGAAGGCCCUGGUGGAGGAGCACCACCUGAGCGGCCCCACCAGCGUGGACCCGGAGUGCCCCGCGUCCCUGCAGCACAUACGCAACGCCGUCCCAGGUGGCGCCGCAGCAGGAAGCUGUGACAGCAGCAGCUGCAGCAGCCGGGAAGCCGACGGAGACUCAGGUGGCAGCAAACCAGGCUCAGCCGAUGGUGUGCUGGGCAAAAGAGAGGGAGGCGACGGAGGAGGGGCAGGGGGGAGGGGCCAAGGUGCAGGACCCAAGGGGAGGAGUUUACCAGAGCCUCCAGGCUUGUUGGGGGUUUUUGGAGGAGACGGGACGUCUCCACGGUGUCCCAGAGGACAGGCAGGGAAAGGCUCGCCCUCCCCUGACGAGCAGGCAGGCCUUUAUUCUGAACCGGCGGAUUUGGUCCGCCUGCCUCCACAGACUGCUGAUUGUCUGUAUUCUGACCCAGUGGACAGCAUUAAGGGUCAGAACCAAACCAGCAACCCAUGCUCGCUCCCCGUGCCCACACCACGUCUUCGACCAGUAGGGGACGAUGCCUCUGGAGGUGGGGGCCAAGGGGAUCAUCACCAUGGGAGCGGCAAUCAUAAGAAGCUCCCGGACCUUUACUUACACGUGUACGACCAGAUCAGCCUGGAGCUGAACCAGAAAACAAGUGCUCUGAAUCUGAACGGGGUCGGAGGAAAAGGGGCUGGAGGAAGAGGGAUAAACAGUAACAAGAGGCCCCCAGGAGGUCAAGCAGAAGGGGCCUCAUCAACUCCUGGCCCUCAUCUGGAGCACAUAUAUGACGAACCAGAGGGAUGUGCCAAAGGAAGCGGCAACUUAACCACAAGUUUAGGGAUGACUGUGUAUGACGAGGCCCGUCCAGAGCCCCACUCCCAGGGCAAGGCAUCAGACCCCCAAAAACACACGCCGCAGCUGGGCCCGAAUCGUGGCACGCCACAUCCUCCAAUGCCCAGGUGGCCAAAGCCGCUUACAGCUCCCAAGCCGAACAGGGGUGUUUUUACCCGGAAGGAGCCAGUGCCACCGCCCCCUGGAAAACAGGGAGGUCUUGGUAGUAAUGUGAACAACAACAACAACAUGUGGAGCAGCGGGGGUGGUGUGAGGGAGCUGUACGGCAAAGUGUCCAAACAGAAGCCUCCACCGGGUCAUCUGUGGUUCAGCCAAAACCACCAGGCUCCACUGAGAUCACCUGAUAUUAUUUAUGACAACUUGGGGGAUGUUUGACUUAGCUCAUGUUCCAUGUGGGCUGAAAACUGAGCUUUUAUGCCCUGUCACGAAGGAGAAGAAGCCUAAAGACGCAAAAAAAGUGAGAUAUCGUAAAAUCAGGAAGAGCCAACUCUGAGCUGCUUCUCAUUUGGCAUCUUUUACAUCCGUGGACUGCAGUAAUGAUUGGAGACAUUCUGAACGGAGCAGCUUGCAAUUAUAAGAAAACCACGUUAUGCCUGCAUUUUGAAAAGUGGAGUACAUCUAUUGUCGGGCCACCCUGCGCGUGUGUGUGUGACAGUGAGAGUGUGUUUGCACGGGUCAAACCCAUAAUUGGCGUACCAAGCCACAGUGUGGUUGGAGCCAGCCACUUCACUGAGGCACACAGUCACACAGAACCCAUAUGGACUCACCCACGGCCAAAGCUGAACCGGUGGACUGGCUCUUCUUUCUACAGCACUCCGCCGUGCUUGGGAAGCGCUUUGGAAACAUGUUUUUGCACUGCUGCUUCUCUGUUUUUUCUGAAAUGUGAGACAACGUGCCAACCAGGACUCAUUGUUGGACCGGACUGGACUAUCUUUGAGACGAGGACCUCACCAAAAAGGAAGCAAUGGUUUUGGUUUUCUGGACUCUUAUCUCUUAUCCAAAAUCUCAAAGAAACAGGGAGACACGCUUUGGGCCCAGGACACUAAAAUGUGACAAGUUUGCAUUUGAGAGGCUGAGGUAGAAACAAGAUAAGCAGGAUUUGGGUUGUGGACACGGACAUAAAUGGGUCAAAUCGCACGGGCAACUUUGUGCACAAGAUAAUAUUUUUUUAAUCCCGAAUGUAUCUAUGUGUAGAUGAACUAAAAAUUAAGUAAUCAAUCCCCAGGGGUAUGCCGGUGUAUGUGUUUGUUCCAGAAACAGCUGUGCUGUCUGUAAAUAUGUCUUAUAAUAAAAAUGGCUCG